ACCACCACCACCACCACCACCACCACCAUGACCAAGACAUAUCUGAUGAACAGUCUCAUAGAAAAGAUGCAGUCCCCGGACCAGGACUUCAGGUUCAUGGGACUGAACGAUCUCUUGAACGAGAUCAAGCAGGAUCCGAAUAGUUUCCUCGGUGAAGAGUCUGUCGAGAACAAGGUCCUUCGUCAGGUACUUAAGCUCGUCGAGGACAAGAUAUCCGAAGUCAAGAAUCAGGCUGUGAAAUGUCUCGGUCAGCUGAUCAAGAUCAUGCGAGAGGGUCAGGUCGAGUUUGUCGUGGAAGCCCUCAUUCAGUUUCUAGUUGGAAAGGACGAGGAGUUGAGAGAUAUAUCCGGUCUGGCUCUGAAGACGAUUACCUCGGAACUACCCCCAGACGGAAAGAUCGCAGGAAAAGCAUGUUCUGAACUCGCACCAAAACUACUCAACCAGGUCUUAAAUCCCGACACGCCACCAGACACGUUGAUCGAAAGCCUUUCGACGUUAUCCAUCCUUAUCGCCCGUUUCCCGGCCCACUUUUCCUAUUCUCAAAUCAAACCACAACCCCUCACAGCAAUCGCUCCUCUCCUGAAUCAUCCCCGCCCAGCCGUCCGAAAACGCGCCAUUUCAGCAUUGUCGCAAUUCUUCCCUGUAUCACCGCCUGAUCUAUGCACGCAACUUCUCGAAAUAAAUAUUUUACCAUACCUUGAAGCGGGCGCGAACCUCGAGCAACAACGCACGACUGCAAAUCUCGUGUCUGCGAUUCUGAGACAGUCCGCACAACAACUUGCGUCCUCGUUUGACCGGAUUAUACCCGGGAUACUGAAGGCCGUGAGGCGCGACGAUGACGAGCUACGUGAAGGGUGUCUGCAAGCGCUCGAAACGCUCUUGUUGAGAUCCUCGGCUGAAGCAACACCGUUUUUGCCUUCUAUCAUACAGACUGGCAUACAAUAUAUCAAAUAUGACCCCAACUAUACCGGAGGCGACGAGGACGAGGAAAUGGCAGAAGCAGAUGGAGAUGAGGACGACGAGGACUUGGAUGAUGAGUACUCCGACGACGAGGAUGCAUCAUACAAGAUCCGACGUGCCGCAACGAAACUCUUAGCUUCCGUAAUCGUCACCCGACCUGAACUUCUCGUUCCCCUGUAUAAGGAGGUAUCACCAAUUCUCAUAUCGCGGUUCGGAGAUCGAGAAGAGACCGUUCGGCUCGAAGUUUGGGCGACGUAUAUCGCUCUUCUCAACCAGACGAGCAUGUAUGGCGGGUUGUCACAGGUUUCUGACGUGGAACAUGUCGUAGGCGGGAAGCGGAAGCGCGAGAGUGAGGAUAGCAUGGACGUAGAGGAGACUCCGUAUACCCUCCUCAAAUCACAGAUUCCCGCUCUAUCGAAAGCUUUGCUCCCCCAACUCAAGGCUUCCAAGACCGCCCCGGCGACGCUCCAAGCCGGAUUCCAAGUCUUAAAUACGUUGUUGUCCGUUUUGCCCGGAUCAUUGUUCGCCCAGGUGUCGCCGAUCGUCGUAACGAUCAAAGGCAUCUUGUCGCAGUCACCGACGACGACGACAUCCACGCUACAUCUCACAUGUCUUUCAUUCUUGGGUCUCUUCUUCUCAACACACCCGCCACCGGUGUUCACGUCGUCACUCCCGGUACUUGUCCCUCUACUUCUCAAGUCACUUGGCGAACGUCACCCACGCGUCGCAUCCGAAACCUUUCGCACGUUCUCUGCACUUUUAAAUGCUACACGACCUGUCAAGAAUGGUGACUGGCCUGAGCGGGUGUACGACCACGCUAUCCAACGUCUCAGCACCACCGAUACCGACGCAGAGGUACGUAGUUGCGCAGAAGAUUGCAUCGCAGAUCUCUGGGUCUGUGUAACGGAUAUGAUCAGAGCGAAAGAGGGUAAGGAGUGGCAAGCAAUAUGUCGCACUACGGGCAAUACCACAGGGGCUGUGAGAGUGGUUACCAAGGUGGCGAGAGACGUGGAGAUGAGCGACGAUUGGGUGAAUGGGUGUGUAGAGUGGGUAACGGGGUUGUUGAAGAAGAGCGGAAGGGGUGGAAAGACGGAGUUGUUUACUGCGCUUGAUACACUGGUCAGAAGAUACCAAUCUGGGAUGCCCGCCGAUCUUCCACCGUCUCUCGUCUCGCAGAUCAAGGUCUACAUCGGCACAUCGGACAUCUCCGUCUUGUCUCAAGCGCUCUCCAUCCUCGCGCUUUUACUCGAGCUCGCUCCCAGGACCUCAUUCCCCCCGAUCGAGCGUGACCUGUUGAGCGACAUCUACCCCAUCGCGCACUCUCCACUCGUAUCGGGUGCUGCUCUAGACGCAUUAUUGUCGUUCUUCUCAGCGCUAGUAGAAGCUGAUGAUCAAAUUGCAACGCACGUAGUACCCGGGCUUGUGAUCGCAGUUCAGAAAUCAGGCGGGAAGGGCGACGUGAAUUCGAUGAAUGUAGCAAAAUGCGUAGGCGAGGUGGUAAGAAGUCAGCAAGGGGUCGCCGCAGGUACGAUUGCGGAAUAUUCGAAGUACAUCAAGAAGAGUUCAAAGGCGAAGACGUCGAGUGUGGCGCUGAGUUUACUUAUUCUUGGAGAGUUGGGGCGAUUCAUUGAUAUGUCCCCUCAACAAGAUGUAUUCAACAACGUGAUCGACCAUUUUUCGUCCGAGGAAGAGGGAGUCAGAACUGCUGCUGCCUUUGCUGCAGGGAAUAUUGCUAUCGGGAAUUUGCACUUGUUUUUACCUGUGAUACUCAAAAUCGCGGAGAAUGAUCCCUUGAAACGGUUACUCUCUUUACACGCGUUGAAAGAAGUCGUAACGCACUGCUCGCAUGGUCAACUCGAGCCUGUAGCAGAUCAACUCUGGAUGCCUCUAUUCAACAACUCUACGUCCGACGCCGAAGAGUCAACCCGCAAUGUUGCGGCUGCGUGUCUAGGAAAACUCACGACGACGGACCCUGGUCGGUACCUCCCUCAACUUCAUGCGCAUAUCCGGGCCGAAAAUCCCGCGAUACGUGCGACGGUAAUCUCGGCGAUCAGGUAUACGUUUGCGGAUAGCUCGCCGUCGUAUGAUGAGGCACUUGCGCCACUAGUAAUGGAUUUCUUGAGCUUGAUGAAGGAUUCGGAUUUGACCGUCCGUCGUCUCGCGUUGUCUGCUCUCAACUCAGCUGCGCGUACGAAGGUGCAUCUCGUACGAGAUCACUUACCUGCGCUGCUACAGACGUUGUACUCGGAGACGGUCGUAAAAGCGGACCUUAUUCGGACCGUCCAGAUGGGCCCGUGGCAACACAAAGUUGACGAGGGCUUGGAUGCGCGCAAGACGGCGUGGGAGACGCUAUAUACGCUCCUGGACACAUGCCUUCAUAAACUGGAUCUUCCGACGUUCCUCACGUAUCUCCUCCCGGCGUUGUCGGAUCCGUCAGAUGAAAUCAAGGUCCUCGCGCAUUUACUCAUCGGACGGUUAUCGUCUAUCCCAUUAUGCGUUCCUCUACUGCUUGCACGACUCGACGCGCUGACGCCACCACUCGAAACGACGAUGAAAGGUGCGCCAGUGACCAAGGACACGGUAAAACAAGAUCUUGAACGUGCAGCCGAGCUGAGGAGAAGUACGAUGCGGGCUGUCGCUGCGCUAGCUAAGGUCGUCGCGGUCGGGAAUGCUGCGGGUGUUAACACGACGGGUGGGUCGCAGAAGCUCGAGGUAUUGGUGGAGGAUAUCAGAAAGAAUGAGCAGUGGGGACCUGAGUUUAGGGAAUUGCUUGGGUAGGUAUGGGUCGAUGGCCUUCUUGAAAGAUGAUGUGUACUGUUGGCAGCAUUCAAGUGUAAUGUGUGUGUAUUAUUCCAUGACAACGAUGAUUGCAUGAGGGCCCUCCCAUACAGCAAGGCUCCUUACAUUUGGUCAAUACAAUCGGAGUUGCUCAUCGUCACACGCAAGAUUCGUAACUUAGGCCGUCAGGUGGCGUAUUUAUUGCGAUAGAU